AUGAGGAUUAAUUAUGGUGACAAGGAGAUCACAAAUGGCACUGGACUACGAGCAUCUGCUGUGCUCAAUGCACCACAUGUUGAGAUUGAAGGCCACGACCAAACAAAGCUCUACACACUUGUUAUGGUGGAUCCUGAUGCACCAAGUCCAAGCAAACCAGAGUACAGGGAAUAUCUGCAUUGGUUGGUGACAGAUAUACCAGAGGCAAGAGACAUACGUUCCGGCAAUGAAAUAGUUCCCUAUGAAAGCCCGAGGCCACCAGCUGGAAUUCAUCGAAUUGUUUUUGUGCUAUUCAAACAGCAAGCAAGACAAACAGUUUAUGCACCAGGAUGGCGGCAAAAUUUCAACAUCAGAGACUUCUCAGCAAUUUACAAUCUUGGAGCACCAGUUGCUGCAUUAUACUUCAACUGCCAAAAGGAAAGCGGUGUUGGUGGCAGAAGGAGAGGAGUGUUCUUUCCUAAGUUGCUGCAGGCCAUAAGCAAGCUAUGUUCCUGGGAUCAAGCUGAAGAACAGAUACAGAGAAACAUCGACAUCAAGGCAGUACCAUUCACAAUUCAGAAAUUAAUCCAUAACACAGUUGAAACAUGUGAGAUGUUAGUUGACAGUUAA